AUGUCAACUCUUGGAAGCUCGUUGAAACGAUCAUUCACCCCGUCACAAAUCAUGCGACCCACCAUGCCUCGGAGAACAUUGUCCGGUUCCUCACACGGUUCCUGCCCAUCUCCUAGCCCCUUGUCUGACGAGCAGUUCGCCUUCUCCGCGGGUAACACGCCCGUGCGGGAGAUCCCGCCGUCAUAUGUGGCGUCUGCUGGUUACAGUUCAAAGACAGGGACACCCAGAGACGCCCUUCUCUUCGGCACCAGAGAAGUCAGCAGUAAAUCGCAAACCACCACCUUCAUAUCAGAGGGCAAGGAUGCGUCCAAAGUCGUAACUCGAAGCAGGCCUAUCGCAAUCGAAUUACCCCCCACCAGGAGACUUAGUACCGCUCCCGUCGAGACACCGCCGUCGCCACUCUCCGCUCGAGGGGAUAUCCAAGGAGGUUACUUCCCCAACCACGAGGACCCAUCAACACGAGUUCAUCGACCUCACCCAUUCUUCACACUUGAUCCGAGCAAGGCGCGCCAUAAAGCCUUACAUAGAGCGGCAGAAACCACACACUUGUCCGCCCCCUUUACUGAUUCUCGAGUACGGAUGAUGGCCCACGAUCGGUCUCACUCUCCCUUGGGUUCCUCUGUCGGUGCCAGCAGGUCGGCUGGUCUGCAUACGCCGGUGUCUUCCUACAUGCCUUCAGGCGUUCACGACAACAUCGCACUUCCAAUGGGAAAGUACUACCCAACCAACUACGAGAACCGGAAGGCCAGCAACUCGAGCCAACACCGGAGACCCUCAGCAAGAGCGGAUGCUGCAGCAGUUGCCCACUCUGAACCUCAGUUAACAUACCGCCGAGAAGAAAACCAUCGGCGCACAGGUUCGGAUGCUAAGCGCCUAGUCGAACAGUACCAAAGAGACAUGGUAGCCCAGGCAUCGAUGGCGCUUUUCUCAAACGCCUCUGGUUUGUCACCGUCGACCAGGAUACCUGACAACACGGCGUUGAAGAACAUCCAGCUGGGGGCCACAAUGCUUAAGACACAUAAGCCAAUGUCUCCCAGGCUCGUGCCCCUGGGUAGCCCUGGACCUGUUACCCCUAUGGAAUUGGACGGCAAUGGAGACGGUUACUUGAGCAGAGGAGGCGGCAGAGAAGAGGAGAGGCAACGAAGAGAGACCCAGUCGCCCGGCUGGGACAUGAAGUCAUCAUUUUGA